AUGACAUUCGCAUGGCUGGUACUUCUGAGUAGCAGCUUCCUUUGGCAAAUGACAGAGACCGAGUUGGUUUACAGGCUGAUCAAAGUCGAUUGCGAGGUCAAUCAGAAGCGAGUAAGUAAUGUCUCUUGCAUCGUGAAGCCGGUCAAUUGGAAUUUAGCGUUGGUGAACAUGGAUUGCAUUUUGACUGUGCCUCUGGUAAAGCCAACUAUUCGACUUCAAGUUUUUGCAAAGGACUAUAGUAACCAGUUCAAGCCAUUUUUAAUUGACGUGUCUUUCGAAUUAUGCGAGGUGAUCGAAAGAAGAAACUUUGUACCCCAUGGCGUCAUCAUCUGGAAGCUGUUUAACCGUUUUACGAAUGUUAACCGUAACAAUUCCUGCCCUUUUUGGGGUCAUAUGAGCGCCCGGAACGGGUAUUUUGACACCAGUCUUGUUCCGCCUUUUCCCCACGGAGUCUACCAAAUACGUUUAACGUUCACGGAUACCAAUUCAACCAAGGAACAAUAUGUAGCACUAUUAAAGUUUUUCCUUGAAGUUAUGGACCAAAGGAAGAGUAAGAAGCUGCCUACAACGUAA